AUGUCUCCUAAAUGUGCUAAGUUUUUAGGCAGUACAAAUGUGAAAGAUAAGGAUAGUGUAUUACGUUGCAGUCGUUGUGAUAUAUUGUCGUACAUGGGUUUGAAAUGGUUCUGUGAUAGUUGUGUGAAGCUUCCGUUCAACUUAGAUUCACUCUCAAAAUCAGUGGAUGCUAGUAAACAAGAUAUAUUGGAUAAAAUUGACAGUAACAAAAAUGAGAUGAUAACAAAACUUGAGAAACUGGAUGAAGUCAACGCUCAGCUGGAAAAUGCAAAGAUCAAGAAUUCAAUAAUGAGAAAUGUUUACAAGAUGAAAACAAUAGCUGAUAAAUUUGCCGGUGUUGAACUAAGUGAUGAUUUGACAAAGGAACAGAGGCAGGAGUAUAAAACGUUUGUUGAAAAAGCUAAAUCAAUGCAAUCUGAUGAUAAAGAAAAUUUUGUAUACCGUGUCAGAGGACCAGUUGGAAGAUGGAAGAUAAUAGUUUCAAAAAAAGUUCACUUAAACAAUUGUCUCAGUAAAAAUAAAGUAAUUAAAGAUUUGGCUACAGAAGCAACAAAAAAUAAGUGCAACAUUUUGCUUGGCCUACUUAAUAUAACAUCUGUCAAUUCAGUCUGA